AUGAAUGCUAUUUCUGUAGACAAAUCCCAUGUUUGUCACAAGUGUGACAAGAGCUUUGGACGGAGAUAUAACCUACGGAGGCAUAUAGAAAAUGUACAUGCUGAAGAGGAAGUUAAAGUGGAGGACGUUGAUGUGGAAAAUUCUGAACCUGAUUUUAAAAAGCGUAGAUUUGAAGAUUCGGAAAUAGAAAACUGUAGAACUGAAUCUACGCAGGAUGAAGACGAAGAUUUCGAUGAAGAGUAUUCGGAAUCCGAAACGGAGGUAAAAGAUGACAAUUCAUCGGACGAAGAAGAGUCAUUUGAAGAUUCGGAAAUAGAAAACCGUGAAGCUGAAUCUUCGGAGAAUGAAGACGAAGUUUUCGAGGAAGGUUAUUCGGAAUCCGAAACGGAGGUAGAAGAAGACGAAUUAUCGGAUGAAGAUGAGUCUAGUUCUGAUUUGGAAGACAAUGCCGCCUAUCAAGACUGGUUGGAAGACGCCAAAGACGCCACUGAAGAGAUGUGGAGUGAGAAAUAUGAAAAGUACGUCAACGGGUGUAUGGAUGAAGAUCAAGCCAAGGAAAAAGCAAAUAGGAAGACACUCUGGGCAGUCAAGCGAUGCUUUUUCAACAACUACAAGGAUUUUUUGUCAAGUUACCUGCAUUUGAAAGAUAAUGAUACUCAUCAGGAAAUUGUUGAAGAGCUGGAAAGAAAAAUUAAUAAAGGCACAGAAGUAAACACAGCCCUGAACAGGAUAAUGCCUAAACACCAAGCCAAAUUUGACGGACUGUUCCGAGAUCUUGAGGAAGACGAGUGUUGA